AUGUAAACAAAUUCCUUUAUGAUUAAUAAGCAUAUAGGUUAGAGUAUUGCAAUUGGAUUUUGUGAAUUAGAAAUCAUUAAAUAAUAAUAAUAUCAAAUAAGUAAUUGGAAUUCCUUAGGACAUGGAUGCUAUCUAAUAUCAAGUGGAGGAUAUACCUAUAACUCAAAAGAUUGGAAAUUUAAUUUCAAAAAAAAUGGAUUUUGCUUCAAUCAAAAUUAAAUUAUUAAAAUUAGUUAUGAUCCGCUGAAUAGCGUAAUAAUAUUUGAAAAACUCAAUGAUUCUUAAUGUCUAAUAGAAAUGAAAAUAGCUACAAAAAAUUUACAUGCCUGUGUUUAUGUUUCGAAACCAAAGGAUGAGAUCGAAAUUCUGAAUUUUUGA